GGAACACCUCUCCAUCCGGGGCUUCAUCUGGUGGAUCCGCUGCCUCGUGAUCAAUGUGGUCCUCUUCAUCCUCCUCUUCUUCCUCACCACCCCCGCUAUCAUCAUCACCACUAUGGACAAGUUCAAUGUCACCAAGCCCGUGGAGUACCUCAAUAACCCCAUCAUCACCCAGUUCUUCCCCACCCUGCUGCUGUGGUGCUUCUCUGCUCUGCUGCCCACCAUCGUGUAUUACUCUGCUUUUUUCGAAGCACACUGGACCAGGUCUGGAGAGAACAGGACAACCAUGCACAAGUGUUACACCUUCCUCAUCUUCAUGGUCUUGCUGCUGCCAUCCCUGGGCCUGAGCAGCUUGGAUGUGUUUUUCCGCUGGUUGUUUGACAAAAAAUUCCUUGCCGAAGCCGCCGUGCGAUUUGAGUGUGUGUUCCUGCCGGACAACGGGGCCUUCUUUGUCAACUAUGUCAUCGCCUCUGCCUUCAUCGGCAACGCCAUGGACCUGCUGCGCAUCCCCGGCUUGCUGAUGUACAUGAUACGCCUCUGCCUGGCCCGCUCAGCUGCUGAGCGUAGGAACGUCAAACGACACCAGGCCUAUGAGUUCCAGUUUGGGGCUGCUUAUGCCUGGAUGAUGUGUGUCUUCACUGUGGUCAUGACAUACAGCAUCACCUGCCCCAUCAUCGUCCCUUUUGGGCUCAUGUACAUGCUGCUUAAGCAUCUGGUGGACCGAUACAACCUGUAUUAUGCUUACCUGCCUGCCAAGCUGGACAAGAAGAUCCAUUCAGGGGCUGUGAACCAGGUGGUGGCAGCCCCCAUCCUCUGCCUUUUCUGGCUUCUUUUCUUCUCCACUAUGCGCACAGGGUUCCUCGCCCCCACUUCCAUGUUCACCUUUGUGGUCCUUGUGAUCACCAUUGUGAUUUGCCUGUGUCACGUCUGCUUCGGGCACUUCAAAUACCUCAGCGCUCACAACUACAAGAUUGACCACACGGAGGUGGACACCAUAGAAAACAGGCAGAAUGGGAGACCUGCCACCAGUCUGCCAGCUCCCAAAUCAGCUAAGUACAUCGCCCAAGUGCUGCAGGACUCAUCGCCGGAGGGUGAAGCAACAGAGUCGGAGGAGCAGGGGUCGCAGGACGAGGAGCUCAUCAACGCAGAUGGCAUGAACGACACGGAUUUCCAGUCGUGUGAGGACAGCCUGAUAGAGAACGAGAUCCACCAGUAG